AUGAAGCUCCGUGAAGUUGCGAAAGCGUCGGAAUGUAGAGGUUAUGAUCAAGAGGAGACUCUUGCUAGUACCACUCAUUACUGCAGUUCGCGAUGGUCCCAUCUCGAUCGCAAUAGCAUCGCUUCCAGUGCAGGUGCUCGCGCAACGUCACGGACCUUCGUAUCGUAUCAACACGAAUAUAGCUCGUACGUAUCCGUACAGGAGGAGAAGGUAUUCCGUGUUUUGCGUGAGUUACGUGAACGAGCUGAAAGCGCGGACGUACGGGACGACGUAGAAAAACUCGAAAAAUUGCUCAACGAUCCCCUAUUCAAGCAGUACAGCAGAAAGUCAGCAGCAAAGGACGCUCCAAAGGCUACAAAACGAGAGAGUAGUUCAAUUUUACUGCAAUUCCUUCGUGACAACGUCGAACAGGAACUUUCAGAGCAGUUGAAGGAAAAUCAGAAACUGCACUUUGUCGAGUUCGAUGUUCGUUCGCUGCUGCCAGACGUGCUAGAUCCGAGACAAGGCGAUCGCUUAUUGCUGAUUGCUGGACCGAAAGACGUCAAGAGCAGAUCGGCUGGGCAGCUGCGAAUCGGCGACCGAAUCGCGGCGAUCGCCUGGUGGCAUGUGCACAGCGGCGCCGCGACUGACUCGGCGAACGACGCGUCGCUACCUGUGGGCGGCGCUGCGACACAAGUGGGCGGGGCGGCGACGGCCAUAGCGGCGGCGACUCCGACGCCGCCGCAUCUGCUGAUCCGAUCGCCGACGGCGGCCGAGUUCCGCGACGUCGCGACCGCCGCGCGAUUCGCGACCUUUGCGAUUGCGAUUGCAGUGAUUCGCGAGUCGACUAGCAUGGUGUUGUCCGGUGACUGGACUCAAGUUGAGAUUAUCCGGCUCUCCACCGAAGGAGGUGGGCUUGGUUUUGGUAUUGUCGGAGGAACGAGCACCGGUGUCGUGGUGAAGACGAUUCUUCCGGGAAGUCCUGCUGACAGAGAUCGACGAUUACGACCGGGAGAUCAUGUGCUGCAGAUUGGAAAUGUAAGCACACACGGAAUGAGCAGUCAGCAGGUGGCCACCAUCCUCCGACAACAGGAUUCCGUUGUUGAAAUGAUUGUCGGUCGUCCAAUUAACUAUGCGGAUCGACCUCCGGACAGUAGUGAGUGUUGGACAAUGUCAACACGUGCUGCGCUCUGUGCUGCUUCACUUGAGGAGCAUAUUCAGAGGAUCACAAACGCCUCGCUAUCUGCUCAAAUCACUCCCUCUACCGUAUCGCCUUCUGUGAGUCAGGAAGAAGCUAAAGAGGUUGCCGGCCAGAGGGUGAGUGGUGGUCACGAGAUUUCCCCUCCUUCAUCAACAGCGCACGAUCGGCCGUCCGGUACACGAGGUGCCAAGGAAUCAACGACGCCAACGAAUCGGUCACCGGCUAAAUCCUCGUCGCAUCAAUCGCGCGCGGAUACCGUAACCGGCGACACUGUGGACGAAUCGGUUGCGCGUGAACACGCGGUGGAGGACGAAAGUACUGCGGCGGCCGCCGCCGUCGUCCCAAAUCCUACCCCCAGCACUCCUCAAGCAACUCGCUCAGGCUCGGAAAAAGUGCAGAAACCUGUGCCUAAUGGCAGCGCAAUGCGUGCCACCACUACCAACACCGCUCAGUCUCCUGAAACUCCGAUCACUUCAAAAAUUUCACUUCGUACACUUCAGGAAAUGGCAUUGACGGUUUUUCUGCGGGAAAACUGGCAGAAUACCGACUAUGAGACAGUCGACGUUAAUCUACUCAGGGAUCCCGCGUUGGGACUAGGCAUUACCGUAGCUGGCUAUGUACAUAGAAAAGAAGAAAUUGGCGGCGUUUUCGUCAAAUCGCUCGUUCCACGAUCGGCUGCCGCUCAAUCUGGCCAAAUUCACGUCCACGACCUCAUUCUGGAGGUCAACGGCGUGUCGUUGGAGCACCUCUCACAUGCGGAUUCGGUUCGAACGUUGGUGAGAAGCGGUGAGAACGUUCAGUUGCGCCUCAUCCGCUUCCCACAGGACAGCGCUCAAGCGCAGUGCCUCAAAAUGCUUCAGGAACAGGAGACGGACACGCAGGUGAUCGACGUGCAAUCCUCGAAUCCGGGCCUGGUGUCCGAAUGGAAACGGCGACUAUCGAACGAUGUCGACAUCAUCACCGCCGUCAUCAGACCCGAUUCGAAUCGCGCUGGUGACGGUGGGCUUGGGAUUUCUCUGGAAGGAACUGUUGACGUCGUCAAAGGUCAUCAGCUGUGCCCCCACCACUACAUCGAGUCUAUACGACAAAAUGGACCAGCUGCUGUGUCUGGCCUUCUACAGGCUGGGGAUGAGCUCCUUCAGGUCAAUCACUCCAUACUCUACGGAGAAUCCCAUGUCACCGUUCGACAAGCGCUUUCUCGAGCUGUUCACUCAGGAGCGCCGGUCACCUUAGUGGUAGCGCGCCGAGCCCAACACGUGAACGUUUUCCAACCGAAAUUCGAGAAGAGUCUUCCAGCCGCGUAUCCUUUGCUCGCUUCCGGACACGAGAAGAUCGUCAAGGCAAAAUCUGAAGUUAACAUUCCGGAGAUGGUGACGAACACCGAUGCACUGCUUCAACAAGUUUCUCGACGGUUACGUGCACGAUCGUUAGAACCGCUCACCGGUUUAGCUGUCUGGAAUUGUGUACCGUUGGUGGUUUGCCUCGAGAAGGAUGAACGAGGACUAGGCUUUUCUAUUGUUGAUUAUCAGGAUCCCGCACAUCCGGGUGAAUCGGUGAUUGUCGUACAAUCGCUGGUACCCGGUGGACUUGCUCAAUCGGAUGGUAGAAUAGUACCGGGUGAUCGAUUACUUUUCGUCAAUCAACACGAUCUCAGUAAUAGCAGCUUAGAACGUGCUGUAGCUGUACUGAAAGCCGCUCCGUUGGGUCGGAUUCGAAUAGGCAUCGCGAAACCGAUACCGAUUGAUCAGUGCCGUACCUCAUCGCAUUCGCCAAUUUUUACACGAAGUGAACGUCUUCUCGCUCGUGGAAGCAGUCCACGCGGACGAAGACGACAGACUCCAUCGGUGACUACUUCAAGCCAGGAAACCGUUUGGAUUGGCGCUGACCAGUAUCGCCGGCUGCAUCCGCAGAGCUACUAUCCAUCCAGAAGUCCGUCGUAUACUAGAAGUGAACAGAGUCUCGACGGUUCAGACGCUUCGAUGGCUUCGUGGUCUCCGUGCUCAACUCGUUCCAUUUCACCGGCCGGCUCCCCAUUGUCUUUACGGGGAUCCUGGGCAUACGAUGUUGUCUAUCUUCCCACACAUUUGGAAAGGAACGUAAAAAUCACCAAGGGACCAUUGCCAUUAGGAAUUGUUUUGGACGCCGAGAAAGACAAAGGUGUUAAUGGAGCUACGGUGAAGAGUAUCUGCAGCAAAAAAGCCGUAGCUUUAGAUGGGCGCAUACAGGUUGGCGACUACAUCAUUCGAAUAAAUCAAGAAAGUUUACGGAAUGUCACCUCAUCACAAGCUCGUGCAAUUCUUCGCCGGACCAAUUUGAUUGGCACCCAGUGCAACGUCACCUACAUCACAGCCGCUGACGCUCGGAUGUGGAAAGAACGAUUUCAUCGUGAAAGCGAAGUCACGUCACCAGUGAUAAAUAGAUUGUCGCCAAAAGUGUUUCCAAAAUUCUACCGUAGUCCUUAUUUGUCACGUAAGGAGUCGCUGAAAGACGCGGAUGAUACGGAACCACCAUCGGAGCUGUCCGAAAUCGCUAUGGUUCAAUCACCUUCGCAAGUGUCAGAAGCACCUGUAAAAGAAGAGAUUAAAGUUGAGGAGAAAACGACGGCAGAAACUUCGCUGGAUCCGAGUGUCAUCGAUAGUUUUGUGCUACAAAUUAUUCAGGAGGCUUUCCACGAUGCUGUCCUCGAAUUUGUGGUGAGCAACGCGAUUCCCGAUUGGAAAGUAGGAGCGACGGAAAGUGUUGGUGACGAACAUUUCGUAGCGUCCACAUCACACAGCAAUCCACCUCAUACUCCACAGCAUUCCCCAGUGGAAACCCCUCACUCGGUUGAACCGUCAACGUCAGGAUCACAACUCGGUAGCCCUGACCGACAAGGUAGUCCACCGUACACUGUUCUACGAAAGAGCAGCCUAUCGUCUCGGUCCUCAAAAGCGAGUCGAAAAGAAGAACUCACUCCGUCUUCUAGUAGACCACAGUCGGAAAUAAGUAAUAAGCCGAAUAGUAUAUGUGCUGAGGAACCGCCGUCUGCAUCGAAAGAUCCUGAAGAAGUUCAAACACCAGAGUCUUCAAAUUUACCGUCAAGCGCACCGGUGGCCGGUGGAACCGACGGCGACGGAAUAACAGGGAAAGCUCUCCGUGAAAUUACAAUGGCAAGUCGGACGCCCAGUACUGGAUCUGAAAAUAUCAGCCAGCAAACUAAGCAAAUAGCCCGUUCAAAAUUCUGGGGUGAAGCACGAACAGUGGUCCUGCAACGAGAACCGAACAAGUCUUUCGGUAUCUCCAUAGUAGGCGGUCGCGUCGAAGUCUCACAGAAAGGUGGCCUACCGGGCACGGGUAACACUGUUUCCGGGAUUUUCAUCAAGAGCGUGCUUCCGAAUAGUCCAGCGGGCCGGUCUGGCAUGAUGAAUAUGGGAGAUCGUGUCAUUUCGGUGAACGACAUCGAUUUGCGAGAAGCAACUCACGAACAAGCAGUUAACGCCAUCAAAAAUGCUGCAAAUCCGGUCCGAUUCGUUUUGCAAUCCUUGCACAGCUUCACACCUCAGCAGCCCAUGAUGAGCUCCGCCUCCAACUCUACUGUAGGCUCGGCUCGAGCAGAUGCACCCAAAACUGUGCAGCCUUCGUCACCGGUGAAACAGGAGUCUCCUGCACCAGUUUCUCAACCAAGUUCACCAGUGAAAGAAGAAGUGAUAGCAGAAGUAGUGAAGGAGGAGCCGUUAGAACAAUCGAAGGAGAACAGAGAAGUUGAGCAUGUUCCUGAGAAGAUUAUUUCUUCUCGACAAAGCAGCGAAGAACAAUCAACCCCAACAAAAAGUCAGAAGAGCGAGGAGAAAGUCGUGGAGAGUCCUAGCAAGAAAUCAUUGAAGUCGGUAAAGUCGUUGACGAGUGAACAACGACGAGAUAGUCCGGAGAAAAUGUCGAAGGAAAAGCCAGAAACGAACCAAGGUCCAUCGAUGACGAAGCAAGCAAGUAUGGUCAAGAGGGAUUCGCUGAGGAGUGAAGAGUUCAGGAAAGAGUCUGGACCAUUGAUAGUCUCGGAUGUGUCGAGCUCAGAAGCUCAUGAGGAGGAACCGAGCACCUCCGCUGCACAGUUCGCUCCCUCCACAUCAUCAGAACCUACGCCUUCGUCAUCCAGUGCUGCGGAAUUACCGAAAGAUGCCGACGAUACUGAGCAAGAGACCAAAUUUGGCUACACUCAAGGAAAAAUCCAGCGAAAGUAUGGACACCUUUCCGGAAGCGUAAUCUUAGUCUGCUGUGAACGGGUGCCUGAGGCAGGCCUAGGCAUUUCUUUGGCUGGGAAUCGUGAUCGUGAUAAGAACAGCACGUUCGUGUUGUCCGUUAAAGUGCAAUGUCCGCUCACAGUGAGGGCCGGAGACGAACUUCUGGAGGUGAAUGGACGAGUUCUCGUCGGGUUUCCGCACAUCGUCGCGUCGUCAAUUAUUCGACAAUGUUGUGAUAAAGGCGAGGGAUUAGAAUUUGUGGUGUGUCGACGAGAUGGCUCAAUGGACGACGUUGCUGUUCGACCUUGUGACUACUCAGGCGUUGUCGAGGCUGAGCAACAGGGCGAAUCUAUGCCUCCCACGGUGGAUGUGUCCACAGACUCAACGUUCCAUACGCUUGACAAUUCUCGGAAAAAAAGCUUCAGCGUGGAAAGGACGGCUGCGAUAGAAACAGGACGAGAGACUUUGAUCGAGAUCGACAAGGAUGGCAAAGGGUUAGGACUAUCGAUUGUUGGUGGCUCGGAUACGGUACUGGGCACGGUGGUCAUACACGAGGUCUAUCCAGAUGGUGCCGCUGCACACGACGGACGACUGAAGCCUGGUGAUCAAGUGUUGGAGGUGAACAACGUUUCAUUACGAGGGGUCACGCAUGACCAAGCAAUUUCCGCCCUUCGACGAACACCACCCAAGGUCCGCCUGUUGAUCUACCGGGAUGUGAAUCUACAACUGAGCCUAUUGGAUCCCACUCAGAUCUAUAACAUGUUUGAAGUGGAACUGGUCAAGAAACCAGGGAGAGGUCUCGGCUUGAGCAUUGUAGGACGUAAAAACGAGCCCGGCGUUUACGUGAGUGAAGUGGUGAAAGGUGGUGCAGCUGAAGCGGACAAUCGAUUAAUGACGGGUGAUCAGAUUCUUGCUGUCAACGGACAAGACGUUGCGAAUUCGAUGCAAGAAGAUGUGGCGGCAAUGCUGAAGACAUGCGUUGGACGAGUUUGCCUCAAGGUUGGACGGUGGAAGAUUACUGAGACGGCGAAUCGAGUUCAUGCAGCAGCGGAGGCGGCACUAGCACGGUCACAAACCACUCCAAGGGCCGACGAGUCGCGAACAUCAGCCGCAACGUCGACGCCAGCAUCAGCCACAUCAGAACGAAAGGAAGUGCCGUCACCAGCGCCUCCGCUUCGACCAAUCAUCACCCAUACUUCUCCAGAAGGAGAAGCUGUACCUGCUGAAGCGGACGUUCACUUGUCGCCGGUCACCGAAGAGCCAAGCAGCGGUGCUGACCAGCGUAGCAUACAGGAAGAGGAGCGGAAUCCACAAGGAAUGGAAUUGUUGCACGAUUUGAAAGAAGAGGGAAGCGAUACGUUGUUACUGGAGUUGAAAAAGAUCCCUGACCAACAGCUAGGAAUGGGAAUAGGAAAGCGAUCACGUGGUAUUUUGGUCACCUCCUUGCAACCGGGCUCCGUUGCUGCGGAGAAGCUUAAAGUCGGUGAUCGAAUACUUGCUGUGAACGCGCUGCCAGUAACUGAUCAGCUGUCCGCUGUGACAUUUGUAAAAGCGAGUGGUCCUCGACUAUUCCUACAAGUUGCUCGACCUCGGACAUCUCCUCAAUAG